AGAUGAUGGACGCACGUGCUUGCCUUGAAGAUGAGAAUGUGCUGACGCUGAGCGUCAAGAACCUUGAGAUCGACUGCGCUUCGUCGGCUUCGACGGACGGAACGUCGGGCCCGUCCACGCCAGUGUCGGUGCCCGACACGGCUGUCUGCGACGUAUGCAUGGACGACGUCGACUGCACAAGCCUCGUCGCUCGCAUCUGUCGCGUCGACUGCCCGGCGCGCCUGUGUCCCACAUGUAUCGCUGGCUUCUUGGACGUCCGAGCGCGCGACGCGAUCUUUGGUGUCUUGACCAAGCUGCCGUGUCCUGUGUGUGUUACGCCCAUGAGCACCGUCCGCUUUCAGUUGCAACUCGAUGCACUCUUCAACGAUGCGAGUUCUUCUGCGCUGGACGAGACACGGACCGAAUCCAGUGUUGAGGCUCAUGAUCCCGAAAGCGACGCAGCCGCCAGCUGGAUCGCCGCCAAGCAAGCAGCCAAGGCGAGCAUCGUGGAGAGCCUUGCCUUGUAUGACCGAAAAGUUGCAGGCGCAUGCACGAUGAAGUGUCCGUCGUGCCACUCGGAUCACAGCCAGUUGCCGACGCCGUCGUCGGAUCCGUUGGAGCUGCCAGCGGCGCUCGAGAUGCACCUACCGGCGCUCCUCGACGCCCAUCAACGUUUCUGCGAGCACGAAGCCUCGGUUGCGGAUCUUGUCGCGUUUGUGGACACCACCUUUAGCGGUCAGGACGCUAUUGACGUCAAGCGCAAGCUGCUGCGGUGCACGGCGGACAAAGAGCGUCAGGGUGCGCUCUUCCUACGCCUCGUGCAGCACAACCCGUUCAUUCAGACGCUCUGCUGCUCUGUCGACGUGUGCUUUGCGUGCCAAACUGCGGGUCACCACCAUGGCAGCGAGUGUGUCGCGGGCGCCCUCAGCCGCGUUCACGACAUUGUCGCCUGUCCGAGCUGCGCGCUUCCGCUCGUCAAGGGCGACGGGUGCGACUCGGUCAACUGCUUUUGCGGCGCAGCAUUCAACUGGCCCAAAGCCGUGCUGGAGGCCAAGAUGCGUCAACUCACGACGCGUCACGAGGCUUCGAUCUCAGCGCUUGUGGUGGCCGUCCGUCGGUACCAGACGCGAGCUCGUUUCCGCAAACACGCGCUCGUCGAGCUCAAGCGCCGUGUGCAAGCACGCCGGGUGGCCUGGAUCGACGCGGCGCUGGUGGCCAACCCAAUCGCGCGCCAAGUACUCCGGUCUGCACUGGUCCGCCAACUGCAGGCGACGCGCUGGAAGGCACUGCACUCGACGGAGCUCGCGGACGCUGCCAUUGCGAUGGCAUCGCGCAUUUUCUGGCGGCUAUAUUGGGUCGAGCACCCCGAAGAGCAACACGCGCUGGCCGACGAGACCCAAGCGUUUUCAUGCAUGGAUCUCUGAGCCAAGACACAACAGUCUUCACGUGCAUUUUAUUUUAUAACUUAAACCAACAUGUAUUGUACAUCGACA